AUGACUCUGACCAACAGUCCAGCAUCAAAAUUGACCUCUGCCUUCAUUCAAGUCCUCGUCACCGGCUGCUCCGACGAACGUCGCGUUCCGUCGGAAGCGAGGUGGGGUGCGAGCCCGCCUCCACCAGCCCACCAGCCCGGGACGCGCCGCUCGGCGCCGCCAUUGGCGGACACGGCAGCGACUACGGAGGUCGUGAAAACUUCCAAGGGUUGGGCGUCGGGGCGACUUUGCCCCGUUACUGCGCAUGCCGGUGUGGGCGACGUUGACUGUGACCAUUGGCACACCAACGACGGCAUCCUGUUCACGCGCUGGCCGGUCACCCGUCCCGGCGACCCCGACGACAGGGAUUCACCAGAACCGAAACUCGGAAAUGCAGCUCGGACUUCCAAGACAGCGCGGUGGAGCCUGACAUCCCACUGUAGGAGAGGACAGACUAGAUGUUACAUGGUGUUUGACUACAGAGCCUUCAGGCGUGCUAAUAUACACAUUCUGCUCGAAGGGAGUUUAGACCAUCUCCUCCUCGCUCUUCGUGUACAGCGUCACAACAGGGGAGCGGAAGAACGUGACGUCGCUGGUCCACAGAUUCGUGACGGCAAGCCACCACGUGAGUGCCGUGGCAAUCAUGCCAAAGACGCCGCUGGCGAUACGGAGCCCAUCGCUGCCCGCGCCCGUGAUGAAGUGCACGCCCAGCAGAAGGACAAAGACAAGCGUCGAGGUCAGCAUGCAGAGCACGUUGAAGGAGCACUUCAGGCUGCCCAUGAGCAUGAACGCGAAGAGCAUCAUGAAGCUGAGCAGCACGAGGCCGAGGCCGGCAUCGCGCUCCGGGCCCACGAGCCCGAACGCGGGGAGGAGGAGACAGCCGAUCGACAGCGAGAACGCGCCAAAGACGCCGAACAUCGUCGCCAUGUACGUGUUGCCGAGCGACAUUUCCCACCAUGCGCAGAAAGUCUGCGAGAUGCCCCCGAAGAAGAUGAGGGGCGGGAUCGCGGCCGCAAAGGUCUGCAGGCCCUGCACGUGGAAGGUGCACGCGGAGAGGAGGAAGAGGCCGUAGCCCCACGAGAGCAGGCCGAGGGGCGUCGGGUUGCCGAAGAUGCGCUGCGGGUUAGCUAUGCUCGAGAAGGGCUUGAGUUACUCACGUUUUGCUUCGGGAUCCCGGGCUGGUCGAAUUCGGCAGGCGCGCCGUCGGGGCACAGAAUGCGCUCGUGGCGCUGGCAUACUUCCUGCUCCGACUUCUCGUCGAACCAGGGGUAG